UUUCCAUUCUCCACUCUUUUCCUGUUCCUUCCUGGGACUGUGACUCCGCUCUGUCUCUUACUCUCUUUCAUUUCCUCUGUUUCUCUCAACAGUUUUUCACAAGAAGCGAGAGAUCGUAGCUCGCUUUUCCGUCGCCCUCCUCCCGGCUCCCACGGCCCACCUCACCAAAUCCAAACUUUAACCUUCCUUCUCACUCCAUUCUCCAGUCCCACCUCUCGCUCCUGCAUUCCUCUAUUUCUCUGCUGUUGCAAUCUCUGCGAGUUCCCGCAUUUCUUUCUUCCUCCCGUCUCUUCAGCGAUUUCCGUUCAGCAAUGAGCUCCCAGGGGGCCAAAUCUGCCCGAAAUGCUAAACCCACAACCCAAACUCCACAAUCCAGCUCGAGAUCUUCCUCCCUCGCCGCCCACAUGGCCAUGGUGGAGCUCAAACAGCGAAUCCUCACUUCCCUCUCCAAGCUCGCUGACAGGGACACGCAUCAGAUCGCGCUCGAGGACCUCUACUCAAUCAACGAUACGCUCUCCCAUGAAGCGCUGCCAAUGCUCCUCAAUUCCCUCUACGACACCUUGUCCGAGCAGUCCACUGCCAAACCCUCCGUCAAGAAAGAGUCCGUGAACUUGCUCGCCCUCGUUUGCCUGUCCCACCGGGAAUUGACGCUCCCCCAUUUGGCCAAAAUAAUUACCCACAUUGUCAAGAGGCUUAAAGAUUCCGAUUCGGGGGUCAGGGAUGCUUGCCGCGAUGCUAUUGGUGCUUUGUCCGGGUUGUAUCUCAAGGGCGGCGGAGAAGGUGGUGGUGGCGAGGGGAAUCAUGGCGGCGGCGGCGGGGGGCAUGUGGUGGGGUUGUUCGUCAGGCCGCUGUUCGAGGCUAUGGGAGAGCAGAACAAAGUCGUGCAGGCGGGCGCUUCUUCUUGUAUGGCUAAAAUGAUUGAGUGCGCUGCUGGCUUGGACAAUGCGGGUUCUGGUGGUGCUCCGGUAGCCUCUUUUCAGAAGCUUUGUUCCAGGAUUUGUAAGCUGCUCAAUGGACAGAAUUUCCAGGCCAAAGCAGCUCUGUUGGGUGUUGUAGCCAAUUUGUCCCAGGUUGCCCUCAAGCAGCAGAUCGUAACUUCUUUGUCUAAACUUGCUGAUAAUGAUACCUAUAACAUUGCAGCCAAAGACCUUGAUUCCCUUGUGCAGAACCUGUGUCUUAGUGAUCUUCCGGUGGGGGCAGUUGCCCCACAAAGCUUGGGACCGUUACUGCAGAGUAUUCAUGACUGCCUUAGCAGUACAGAUUGGCCAACACGCAAGGCUGGAGCUGAUGCUUUAACUGCCUUAGCAGUCCAUUCAUGCAGCUUAGUUUCAGCUGAAGUUGCUGAUUCUACAUUCACGGCACUUGAGGCUUGCCGCUUUGAUAAGAUAAAACCUGUUAGAGAUAGCAUGAAUGAGGCAUUGCAAUUGUGGAAGAAGAUUGCCGGGAAAGGAGGCGACGGAGUUUCAGAUGACCAAAAAGCUUCCUCUCCAGGUGGUGAAAAUCAAGAAAAUGCUGAAUUUACAGAAAAAGGUCCAAAUGCUAGGGACAGAAGGGUAGAGUCCUCUGCGAUAGAUCCACCUAAUGGCUCUCCCCUAGGUACAGGUUCUGCUGCAAAGGCCCAAUCUGGAAACAUGCCAGAUAAGGCAGUUGUAAUAUUGAAGAAGAGAGCACCUGCUCUGACGGAAAAACCGAACCCAGAAUUCUUCAACAAACUAGAAACAAGGGGUGAUGAUGAGUUGCCUGUUGAAGUUGUUGUUCCUCGUAGGUGCAUUAAUUCUUCUAAUCUAAACAAUGAGGAGGAACCAGUAUCAAAUAAUGCAGAACAGAAGGGAAGAUCAGAUCCCUCAGCAAACAGCAGGUCCGAUGAGCCGUAUUUCAAUAAUAGAUACCGCACCAAUGAUAGAGGAAUUAUGGGGAGAGAUCCCAAAAGCCGAGCGUUUGAUGAUGAACGGAGUGAUUACAACAAUAGGGGGGAGACAGUCGGAAAUCGCGCUGCAGGUCUCUCCAAAACUGAUGGACAAUCGGAAGGAUCCUUGGCAAAUAGUAGAGGGAAUUGGUUGGCAAUUCAGAGGCAGUUACUGCAACUAGAAAGACAACAGACGCAUCUUAUGCAUAUGCUUCAGGAUUUUAUGGGUGGAUCCCAUGAUAGCAUGGUGACCUUGGAAAACAGAGUUCGAGGUCUUGAGAGAGUUGUGGAAGACAUGGCCCGAGAUCUGUCUAUGUCCUCUGCUGCUAGGAGAGGUGGUACUAACUUUUCCAUGGCUUUUGAGGGUUCAUCUUCUAAUCGAUCAUUGGGAAAAUACAAUGGUUUUUCAGAUUAUUCUAGUGUGAAGUAUAAUGGCCGGGCUCCAUUUGAGGACAGAUUUGUGCAAUCUGAUGUUAAUUCUUCAGCUGCAAGGGGGAGGAAUCCUCACUGGAGAGCAGACACAUCUGAUACUUGGGAUUUCCCCUCGUAUAAUUCUAGAAAUGGUCAGGUUGGCUCAAGGAGAGCUCCAGGUGGUGGUGGUUCUCUAGGCUCACCAAAAUCUGAGCAUGAAAAUGAUCAAGUUGGCAGCAGCAGGAGAGGUUGGGAUAAGGGUGGUGGUGGGCCCUCUCGGCUUGGUGAGGGGCCCUCUGCUAGAAGUGUUUGGCAGGCAUCCAAAGAUGAAGCUACUUUGAAAGCCAUCCGUGUUGCUGGGGAAGACAAUGGACCGUUAUCACGGACUGCCAGGGUGGUCAUUCCUGAAUUGACUGCAGAAGCCAUGGGAGAUGACAACGGUGUUGAGCAAGAGCGGGACCCUGUUUGGACUUCAUGGAGUAAUGCAAUGGACGCCCUUAAAGUUGGUGACAUGGAUACGGCUUAUGCUGAAGUCACUUCCACUGGAGAUGAUCUGUUGCUUGUGAAGAUUAUGGACAUGACAGGGCCUGUGGUUGACCAACUCACGGAUGAAACAGCAUGUGAUGUCUUUCAUGCUAUCGCUCAGUUCUUGCUGGAUCACAACUUGUUUGACCUCUGUUUCUCUUGGAUUCACCAGUUGGUAGACAUAGUUAUGGAGAAUGGAGCAGAUGUUAUGGGGAUUCCCAUGGAUUUGAAGAGGGAGCUUUUGUUGAACUUACACGAGGCUUCCACAGGAAUAGAUCUGCCCGAGGAUUGGGAAGGCAUCGGUCCUGACCAACUUCUGCUGCAGUUAGCAGCAGCUUGGGGCAUUGAACUGCAACAGUUUGACAAGUGAAAAAGAAAAUCAAACACCACUCCCCUAUAGCCUAAGAUUGUGAACAACGAUCCAGUGUUGUGCCUGCUUGAUUUGCUUGCUUGUUUGUGAGCUUUUGUUGAUUGACUGCCCGUGUAUCUUCGUAGUUUUCAUUCCUUUUCUUUUUGACUGGAGUGUUGAAAGGAAAUGAAUAUAUAGCUUCAGGAUCGUGAAUAGCAAAGGAUGGGCAGUUGCAAGUUACUACUGACAGUCC